UUCUAGUCUGCACGGAGUAGGGCUGUUGGAUGGUUUGGUUCAAGUAGCUGUCUGACAUUCCUUGGGCAUAUAGCUUUACCUAGAAAGAGAACUCAGAGGGUGUUUUGAUAAUGCUGGUGGAUACGUGGCAGAUGUACCUGCACUCUGGUCUGUACCUCUGGUUGUACGUAUUCAUAUCUUUCUUUAAAGGUUAUGCUGCUUGUGAAUCUGAAGAACGCUUGUUUCACAAGCUGUUUUCUCACUACAACCAGUUCAUCAGACCUGUAGAAAAUGUGUCCGAUCCUGUCACGGUGUAUUUUGAAGUGGCAAUUACCCAGCUGGCCAAUGUGGAUGAAGUUAACCAGAUCAUGGAAACCAAUCUGUGGCUGCGCCAUAUCUGGAAUGAUUACAAAUUGCGUUGGGAUCCAGCGGAAUAUGAUGGAAUUGAGUUGCUUCGGGUCCCUGCUGAUAAAAUUUGGAAGCCUGAUAUUGUUCUCUAUAACAAUGCUGUUGGGGAUUUUCAAGUUGAAGGCAAGACGAAAGCCCUUCUUAAACAUGAUGGCAUGAUAAGUUGGACCCCGCCAGCUAUUUUCAAGAGCUCUUGUCCUAUGGAUAUUACCUUUUUCCCUUUCGAUCAUCAGAAUUGUUCUUUGAAGUUUGGCUCCUGGACAUAUGACAAAGCGAAGAUUGACCUUUUAAUCAUUGGCUCAAAAGUGGAUAUGAAUGAUUUUUGGGAAAACAGUGAAUGGGAGAUAGUUGAUGCUUCUGGAUAUAAGCAUGACAUAAAAUACAACUGUUGUGAAGAGAUCUACACAGAUAUAACCUAUUCCUUUUACAUCAGGAGGCUGCCAAUGUUUUACACGAUUAACUUGAUAAUCCCAUGUCUCUUCAUUUCAUUUCUAACAGUUUUAGUCUUUUACCUACCAUCUGACUGUGGAGAAAAGGUGACGCUUUGCAUUUCAGUUCUGCUCUCUCUGACUGUGUUUUUGCUUGUAAUCACAGAAACUAUACCUUCUACCUCCCUUGUCAUUCCUCUGGUGGGUGAAUACCUGCUGUUCACAAUGAUUUUUGUGACCUUGUCCAUUGUAGUGACAGUAUUUGUGCUGAACAUUCACUAUCGGACUCCCACGACACACACCAUGCCCAAGUGGGUCAAAACGGUUUUCCUCCGGAUGUUACCCCAAAUCCUGAUGAUGCGGAGGCCUCUGGAAAAGCAAAAGGAAAAACGUUCUAAUAAAAAUCCUCAAGGGUUUGCUAAGAAGCCUGCCAAGAUCAAAUUUCCCGAAUGUGAAGAUCCUAAGUUAUUCGAAGAACAGGAAUGUUGCCAUUGUAACAAGUCUAAUGAGCUAGCAACCAGCAAGAAGAGAUUAAGUUAUCAGUCUUUAAAAUGGAUGACAGAACAGUUGGAGUACUCAUCUGAAGUCAAAGAUGUGAUUGACAGUGUCCAAUUUAUAGCAGAAAACAUGAGGAACCAAAAUGAAACAAAGGAGGUGGAAGAUGACUGGAAAUAUGUGGCCAUGGUAGUAGACCGAGUGUUUCUUUGGGUAUUUAUAAUUGUCUGUGUAUUUGGAACAGCAGGGUUAUUUCUACAACCACUAACUGGGAACACAGUAAAAUCCUAACUUGGUCUGCUUUCCUUUGCCUUUUGCCUUCUGAAAUUCAGAUUUGGUCAAUAUUACUCCAUACAAGGAAAAGGAGAUGAGGCCAUUCUCCAAACCCCCAAAUUGCACAUAUCCCCUUCCCCUCCUCCCUCACCCCCUAUUAAUUAGGAAAGACUAUUAGCUUGAGAGGGGGGACUGUCCUAGCUGGAAGGGCCUUUUGUGACACAGUAGAAUUCCUUUGUGGCAGUGGUGCCGAAAGACAGGACUCUGACCUGCUGUGGCCUGUGCUGUAUUGGAUUUUUGGUGUUCUGUUUUAGGGACUGGAUUUGAAUUGUGGCAUGUCUGAACCACGUCACAUCAAGCUGUGUUCUUUUGGGGCUUUUGCUGUUUGUCAACAGUGUAGCACCUUCUGGUGUUGAAAUCACCUAUUUGCCCUUCCUGAAGAUUAUAAGACUUGGGAAAUAUUGUCAACUUUGUUGUUCCGUGCAUGUCUCUAUGAUAUGAUUCAAAUAACUUAGCAUACAGUAAAACUAAUGGGCAAAACCUGGGGGGGAUAGAUUUCUUCUUUGAGUUUAUUAUUCAUUCAUUCAAUCAAUCAAUAAAUGUAUAUUGAACACCUGCUAUAUGUGAACCACUGUGUUAGUCCCUAAGAGAGAUAGCAAGAGGAAUAAUCAACCUACUAUAUGCCAGGCACUUUUCUAGGUUCUUGGGAUACAAAGACAAAAACAAAAUAGCCCCUACCCUCAAGGAACUUACAUUCUAUUAAGGGAGACAUAUAUACAAAUAAGCAUAGUCAAA